AGAAGAGGCAUCACAGGAAGAAGAAGGAUGUCCUUUGAUAGCUGGGGGAAGCCAUCUUUUUAAGUAAAGGUCUCUUCUUCUGAAGCUGCAUCAAGCUGACCAAGGGGCGAAAUUUGGGGCUAAACCUGGAUCUGCUUGGAUGGGAAGCGAAGUCUAUGAGUCCAGGACUGAAAAUUGGGGGUGGACAUCCUCUGUGUAGCAGAAUUCAGAGAAGGACCAACAAGGACUACAGCCGGGAGUGUUUCAUUCCACAGAGGGUGUGCCCCUUGCCCGUACAUGUCUUCUUGUUCUUCCUUCUCCCAAGGAUCCCUGAAGGUUGCCAGGCCCCUUCUCCAGCACUGGUGGAGCCUCCAGCUCCCAAGGCUGUCACUGGACUUCCUGGCUGGGCGUGCACACACCACCUUCGCAUGUGCACACGUGUACAUUCCACUGGAUGGCAUUUCAUUUCCCCGAAGCAGUUUCCAUUUACUAAUGGGAGGAGGGUUAGAGCGACCCUUCCAUUCCAGGAAGCCCUUCAUAACUGGUUUUCUGCUGGCCUGGAAGGCAGGCCGGCCAUAAGAACAGGAAAGCACUCACGCCUGAACAGUAGGCAGGGCAGGUAUUCUGUCCCUUACAGAGGAGCAGUGGUGAGUGGCCGGGCUCUCACAUACCCGGUUUGGGAGCAUCAUAUGAGUCUUCGCAUUUUUAAGUCCAACCAGCCUCCGGAUUGUCAUGCUGCCUCUUCCCAAGAAGGCUGGGGAAACAGAAGCAACUGCCUACAGCAAAUGUGCUGCAGCUUCCUCCACAGACACAGAGUUCCAGCAGCGCACGGCUCCAUGGAAACUGAAAGGAGAGGGUGUGUACACCAUGUUUCUUCUAGGUCCAUUCAGUUCUCACCAGAAGCUGAGUGGCCACCGCCUAUGUUGUGGUGGGUCAAUCCUAAGUCGUAUUUUCUAUCAAACAGACCAGAAUAAUUAUAGCAAAGAAUAUCAGAAAAGGUGCCCUUUCUGGUCAAAUACCCUCAGUUUACAGAUGAAGAAAGAGUUUGAGGCUAUAGUAGCGGCAAGUCAAAUGACAUUGCUCAAGGCUACCUACUUAGCCACAGGUAGAGGGAAUUUUCUACAGUUUCAUGUUGAAGUUGGCUUGGUGUCUGCCUACAUGGAAAGUAGGUCCUCAGCAAGGUAAAUGGCUGCUGUCAUUUUAGCCCUCCGCUGUGCUCAGAAGAAGACACAGGAAGCGAUGUGGAAUAUAAGGCCAUCGUUGUUCUGGUUGCUCUGAAUUAGAAACUUAGAUUUCAUCG